AUGGUCCUUGAAAUCAUUGCAUACAUAUAUCAUACAUAUCAUUGCAUAAACAUGUUUCAUAGCAGGUUUCUUAUCUUCUUCGAUGUUUAUUUCAGCAGUAAAGAAAUGGCUCUCGAACAAAUAGUGAAGGAUCUACAAACUCAAAAUGCUCAGUUUCAACAAAUGAUCAUGGCCCUGGCCAAGGGGCAGGAGGAACUGAAAGCCCUGAUUGUUAAAGAAAAGACCAAGAAGCCAAAGAAGCCAGCUGGUGUGGUGAACUUGGGAAGGAGGUUCAGAGGAUCGUUAAGGCAGGUUGUAGAACUAGCAUCUUCAUCAAAAGAGGAGACAAUCAAGAAGGAGAAAAAAGAGAGGAAGACCCCAGUCCAAGGGAAUCUGAUAAUGAGAUUGACUAUAAUGAGGAGCAGUAUCCUUCGGCCGAUGAAAAAUACAAACAGUUGGAGGAUCGUCUGA